AUGGCCGUCGGAGUGCAGGCGCUCCUGCCGCUGAUAAAGUCGCAUGAUCAUGAGGGAUACAAGAUGAGUGAUUCAGUAGAAGACAGUUGUAUAGGGGACAUGUACAAGAAAGCACAUUGA